AAUAUAAUAAAGAUUUACUGUAUUUAUUUUUCAUAAGAUUUAAGUUGUAUAUUUUUGUGAUUUUUUUUUUUUUUUGCAUUGUAAAUUCUGUCUGUAUUUUAUAAUCUUCCGUUUUAUCAACAAUAUUCUUUUUCCUUUGUGACACGAUGAGUUUUCACUGUUAUGAAAUUCCCUGCAUCUCGUGUAAACUGAGCAGCUGUGUAGCUCCAAGUCGGACCCACUCCAGUGCAAAGAUGACUCCCACCUGGACCGACCAGCUCCCUCAUGCCUGGCUCCUUCAUGGCCAAUCGCGAUCAGAGGGCGGUGCUCAGUUAAACCGCUCUUUGAUGUGAUUGGUGGAUCCGCCCAGCAAACGUGAUGGAAGUCAGAUUUGACUCACCACUGUGAUUUGUUUGACGUUGGUGACCACCAUUUUGUCCUGAGAUCCCAGUCUUUGUAGCGGGCACGGAUUCGGAGAGAAACUGGCGUUUUAAAUUCCGUUUGAGUGGAGAAGGGCGGAGUUUACUCCGCUCCUCUGGCGUGGGCCGGGUGCUUCACGAGCUCCCUGUCUGUUCUGGCCCUCGCUGAGAUCAUGAAACUGAACUGGACUGUUGCUUUCCUGGUGGGGAAAUGACUAAGCACUUUUUCUUUCUUUUUCUUUUUUUUUUUUUCCAAAAUCCAUACCGAUUUUAUGUUCUUCUGUUCUCUCGUUAAGCUUUUAUUUGAGAUUUGGGGGCUGAGGGUGGGGAUUGAGGAGUCCUGUUUAUGGACAGAUUUUUUUUCAAUUUGGACACAUUUCUUUCCACAUCUUGUUACAGAAACUUUUGCUAGUCUUACGCUUUGAGUAAGUUGGACUCAUCCGGACAACUGAACACUAGACCUUGUGUAUCCCAAAGACCUGCCAGUCAUUACAGAGUUCAGCUGGGACAAGGCAUGGCAGAACUCAUCAGUAACUGAGCAUAGUAUACUCCCACAUGCCGCAUUUGUGUGCCUCUGGUGUGACUGACAGGAUCCAGCCUGCUUUGGACCUCUGGCUUUGGUUAACCGUCUCUGUUGUUGUAGUGACUCUGACUGUCCACAGGGUGGUGCUCCUUCCCAGCUCUGAGGUGUAGAGAAUUCCAGUGCAGUGUGCCAUUCCAUUAAGAAUGUGUUGACCAUACUGUGUGAUGUGGGGGUAGUUUUUUUUUUUUGUUCGUUUUGUUUUUUUUUGGCGGGGGGAGGCAGGGUUACACUUGAUGAUUUCCUUUUAACGGGCUUCAACUUGCCUGUAGUUAUUCUUUGCCAGACUUUUUUCUAACCACUGUUGGGUUUGGUUCACCCACGUCUUCACAAACUGGUUCUAUUUUUUUUUGUUUUUCUUCUUUUUGAUUGGUUGUAUAAUGACAGGAGCUCCAUUAAAAUGUAGUCCUUGUGAGAGGUGGACAUUCAUUCAAAAAAAAAACAAAAAAAACAAUGUGCAAUGGGUGUCUUUCUCAUGCAGAAACUAGUUCAAAUGUAAACUGAGAAAGGUGUGAACACAAAGAAUGAGGUAUAUCAUCCUCUGAUAUACUUUUACAAUAAAAUAUCUCCCGUAACCAGAUAGCCUCUUUUUCGAGGAAUACGAAGGAAGGUGAACUGGCACGGCUGCCGUCUGUCUUAAAUAACACUGAAAUCGGGACGCUUCUCUCAGUCCGUUAAUCGCAGUCUCUCGUCUCGUCCCUGCACCCCCACGCUGAACGAGUUUACCCUCCUAAUGCACGCGGGCGUGACCCUGGCCAACGCGGGAGCGCGAAGCUGCUGGUCUGCCAGUCUUAAGUGCAGAAGAGUCCUGCCCAAGUCGAAGCCACCGCCGCCGAUGAUGAUGACGAUGAUGAUGAUGUUCUCGUCACGUCCGGUCGUCUUCAAAGACGCCGCUUGCGGGCGCAGAGGGGGGCGUGUCGGGCGCCAGUCGAGGAGGGGAAGUCCUGCCUGUCGUGUUUGGAUGUUAGACCAUGGAUACUGAAGUCUGGACCUCAAAUCCAAAUCCGGCCCUGGUUUUCUUUUCCCCCAGAACGAUCAAACGAUCUGCUGUUGUGAUCCGUGCAUUGUUGGCGCGUUGGGAAAUCACGUGGGGAAAUUCCCUGUCCGCAGUAAGCUCAAUAAAUACCGCGAGGAGCCAUCCUUCAGUCAGAUUGCUCUAGUAGCUCGACUGAACUACACAGCUCUACAUCGAAGCUGAGGAUUUAACCACACUUCUCUACGAUUACAAAUUUCCCAAAACCUGCAACAUGGAAUUCAACACUGUUUGCAUUGACUUUAAAAAGACCCCAGGCUACGACCACGAAGGGCUGCAGCUGGAGGUGUCCCAGCACGCGCACGGCUUUCGCCGUUUCGCCAACAUCGUCGUCGCCGUGCAGCGAAUGAAGCACCGCCACGCUCCCCGCGGCACGGAGUUCAGCGACGACGAGCUGAUCAGCAUCCUGCUGGAGAACGUGAUUGAAGAGCGCGUGACGCCAGUGGUGCUGGUGGACACUAUAGAGAGCAGGCCCAGCGUGUUCAGGAGCACCGAGGUAGUAACGCACAGCGUGUGCGACCGCGAUCAGAAGGGCUUCGUGCUGAAGCAGGCUCCCCUGGAGCUGCAGGCGGUGGUGCUGCAGGGCGGCAACAUGGAUCUCAAAGUGAAUUUGAACCUGUCGACCUACGUGUCCCGCAGCUUCACUGACAGCCAGAGACGACCUGUUGCUUUGGGGAUCGCAGGAUGCAAUCUCUAUCUGUCCUGCUCGGAGGCUGGGGGAGACCCCAUCCUGCAGCUGGAGGAGGUGACCGACGCCGACGUGCUGAAGACCAUCGACGCGCAGGGGGAGAUGGCUCGCUUCCUCUUCCUGAAGAGGGACGAGGGCUUCGGCGCCACCACCCUGGAGUCGCUGAAGUUCCGCGACUGGUUCAUCAGCACGGCGGUGGAGGACAGGAGGCCCGUGGAGAUGAGCAAGGAGGAGGCGUCCGCGCGCCUCACCACCUUCGCCGUCAAACCGCUCUGAUCUCCUGCGAGGAUCGCAAGCCUCCGCAGAGACACGGGCCGUGCCACGUGCUCUCACAACCGGUCAAAAAAAAAACAACAAUUCCCCAGCCCCGUUCUUCGUAUGUACUAAGUACAGCCAUCGCUGGGGGCGUUUAUUUAAUAUUUAUAUUUAAGUAUUUAUUUGAUACUUUUUGAGUCUGUCUCAAAGGAGGUUCAGCCACUAGGUGGUGCUGUCUGGUCUUUACUGGCCAGCCUGUUUGUGUGAAAUUGGCUGGACUUGUGUUCCAAGAUCUUCACAUUCCACAUGGAAAUGGCCUUUUGUAAAAAUAAAUUAUAUUUAUUUAUUAUUUAUAUUGCGCAUUUAUUUAUUAUUUACUAAUUCUUUGUGAAUUAUGAACUGUAACUUAAGCAUUUUAAAUUAUUUAUCUGACAGGUCAGCUUUAAUGCACAUGGUGUAUGUAGUAAUGUGUCAUUUUGUAAUAAUAAAUUAUUUUAUAAUUCCUAA